AUGACGGGGAAGAAACGCAAAUGUUUGACCAUGGUGGCCCAAAACAAUUAUUGGUACUAUCAAAAAUGGCCUGGGACCAGCAAAGCAAUUGGUUUUUUAAAUUUCAGGGUAACUGUGAUACUCGCUUUUCUCUUUUGUGGAUGGAUAUGUUUCAGCGCUGAAGCGAACGAGGAGUUCACAAAUUUCGGAAAUAUACUGGAAGAAGAUGAUGUCGGCACUGACCCUGCGUUUUCUCAUCAACGCGAAGAUCAUGUCUUCCGCUUGUCGAGCAUUGAAAGCAUAGUAUCAUUAAAUCAUCAAACAAGAAACGAUCCGCAUGGUACUUCUUUGGUAUUGCUCCUAAUUUAUACAGACUCGUGUCAUUUUAGCGAGAGCAUCCUACGGACACUUUCCUUGGCGAGCUCCCUGUUGGAUGAUUUCUUUGCCACGUACAGCCUUCAUUAUAGUGGAUCCCCGCCUACAGUAGCAAAACUACAGCUUGACAAUAUCGAUCCGAGGACCUUGUACGACAACUUUGGCAUUGAAGGCGGGCCCAAGCUCUUGUUUAUUGUGAGUCAUGCAGAAGAUGACAAAACUUAUCUCCUUGAGUUCUCGGGGGCCCAUGGUAGCGGUUUGUCUAUAUUCGAAAGAACGCUUCAUCUUUGGUACCAUGCUAUUGUUCCACUAGGAGAUUACGGCGUGGUGGCCGAUCAGUACGUUUAUCUUAAGCCAAGACGGUUUGAGAGUACGGACGAGAUUUUUUCGUUCCUGAAAGAGCAUCGAGACGGACUCCUUCUCCACUCCGUUGUCAACCCAAUGCUUCCAUCUACGUUAACCAAUCAAGAAAGAAUUUACGUCGAGUGGCUGAUGUUGGAAGAGAAUGACACCGAGUCGGAUGACUUUGUACUUCUUGUUCAAUGCCAAAAAUACGAGACCGAUGCUACCGUCCUCUACAAUAUCUUCAACAAAGUGGCAAGCUCAUUGGCAGCUCGACGGGAUAGGCUGUUUCUUACGUCGAAGAGUUGUAGUAUGGUCGACGGUGCUGUACAGGCUUGGAAAAUACCCCGUCAACAUGCCCACGGAAGUUUGUGGGACAAAGAGAACUUUCCUCGUAUCGACUUCGUACCCAAGGAUGAUGAACCUGGAGAGGACCUUGCCGACUUUCUCACUGACGUAUCAACACCCUCCGUAUUGUGGUUCGAUCGACAAACAACCGCUCCAAUCGCUUUCGGUGUACAUCGAAAGGUCCAUGCGUGCUUGUUUUUGAAUCUUCACCAGGUUCCGCCGGAUGUGAGCUCACACGCGGCACCAGAGCCACGCACAGUCCUUCGCCAAUUCCGCCGUGCCUGCCGUAUUCAUCGACGAACCAACCGCUCCAGGCAGCGUGACUUGGUCUGCGUAAUAAUUCCAAGCCUUGAGACAAGGGUCUUGUCAACGUUUGGAAUUGAUUUGUGGUCUUUGGUUGAUGCUCAAGUUUUGAACUCUGAGGGUCCGAAUGAGACCGAAAUUCUGCCUCAGCUGCUGAUAACCGAUCAGAGACACGGCGGAACGCAACGAUUUUACUUGGAUCGGGCUUCUCUGCUUGCUUCGAGCACAGCAAUUUCAGAUUUUAUCAAUAGCUUUUGGGAUGGAGCGGGCGAGCCAACCGUGCGAAGUGCCAGUGACCCCACUUGUGGGCAUUGUAAACGAUUUUCCACAAUCUGGAAUCAACUGGGAACCUUAUUGGGUUACAUCGGCUGGGAAUCGUUUUUGACACUAUAUCAGUUCGACGUGACAGCGAAUGAUCUUCCACUCAGCUGGAAUUUGACGGUGAAGUGGGUCCCCGAUGUUUACUAUCUGGCACCAAGCGGUGCGAAGAACAGUGGCAAUAUACAGACCAAUGAUUGGGUUUGUUACGAGUGGAACGAUGUACUGGAUGAUGGGGUCGGACGCAUAUCGAAGGCGUUGGAAAUUGUCGACUGGGUGAUCCAUGUUGGUAACUUCUCUGAUGAAGAACUGUCCUCUCUCCUCUCGGACUUGGAUACCCAUUUCUAAAGAUGGGACAUGCUUGUCUGAACUAUCCAAACCUUUUGUAUUAUAGAAUGUGGCACUAAUAUCCG